AUGCCGAGGUAUGCUAAAUUUUUUAAGGAGUUGUUCACGAAUAAGAGGAAGUUGGAGGAAGUGUCUUCAGUGACACUUGGUGAAGAGUGUUCAGCAUUGAUCACUAACAAAAUCCCCAAGAAAGAGAAAGACCCUGGAGGAUUCAUUGUUCAUUGCACAAUAGGAGGGUUGGUAAAUGAGAAAGCUCGUGCUGAUCUUGGUGCAAGCAUCAACCUCACGCCCUACAAAAUCUUCCAAAAACUUGGCCUUGGAGAACUGAAACCCAUCGCUAUGACUCUACAACUGGCAGAUAGGUCCAUUAGGCAACCAAGAUGGAUAAUUGAAGAUGUUUUAGUUAAGGAAGAUAAGUUCAUUUUUCCGGUGGAUUUCAUCAUUCUUUAUGUUGAUAACAAGGAUACCUUUUUAAAGGAUGAUCUCUCUGAGCUAUUAGAAGAUGAUCCUGUUGAUGAUAAAGCUGGGGAAGAAGUGAUGGAAAAAUCUUUUUAUCUUAAGUUGGAGUCUGUCAAAGUUUCUGCACCACCAAAACCACCAAAGACAAAAAUUACCUGUGCAAAUAAAUGGUGGAAAAAGGUCAAGCAUGGGGUGAGCAUGGGUGUGCCAGGAAG